AUGUUUAGUUCGGCAUUAAAAUCUUUUUCUUCAAAUAUCAACUCGAACUACAGCAUAUCGCAAGUGCAGACAACGACAUCGGGUCCAUGGAAAAUUUACGACGCAAAAAAAAAGACAUCAGGAAAAUUAGCUUCAAUUUUCGUAUUUGAGCGUAAAUCACUUGAGCCUCAGUCCGGUUCUCUCAGUAGGCCUACAAGCUCAGUAUUGAAGAAAGAUACCGAAGAUGUCGUGGAAAGACUAAAAAAGGAGGCAUCUUCAUUGGCAAGGUUAAGACAUCCAAAUAUUCUGGAACUAGUUGAACCAAUCGAGGAAACUAGAAAUGGGGGGUUGCAGUUCGCAACAGAGAUGGUAACCGCCUCGCUCUCAGGGCUCCUUAAAGAAAAAGAUGAGAAGGAGAAAAAUGGCGAAACUAUCAACCAACGAGAAGAUGUCACAGGAACAAGCGCAGCAGAAUGUCUACUUGAUGAAUUAGAAAUUCAAAAGGGCCUUGAACAAAUGAGCAAAGCUUUGGAAUUUCUCCACGAUAACGCCCAACUUAUCCAUGGAAAUCUGACUCCCGAUGCGAUAUUUAUAAACUCAAAGUCCGAUUGGAAGAUUAGCGGCUUAAGCUUUUCAUGUCCUCCCGACGGUUCUACCACCAAAAUAUCAACAAUGCCACCAUUAAAUCUACCUCAGGUUCUUAACAUUGAUUCACGACUGCCUAGAUGCGUACAAAUGGACCUAGACUACUGCUCUCCUGAUUUUGUACUGGACUCCAACCUCAACGUAGCGGCGGAUAUGUUCUCUCUUGGGCUAAUUAUCAUCACACUCUACAACUAUCCUCACAACUCCCCCUUGCAGACAAAUUCAAGUGUAUCGUCAUACAAAAAACUUUUCGCGUCGUCAUCAGCAAUUCCUUCAGCUAGUAAUGGUUACUUAUGUUCGCGACCGUUACCAAAAGAUAUUGAAUCUUUUGUUUUACCAAAAUUAAUCACAAGAUGGCCAGCUCAACGGAUGACUGCUAAAGAGUUCCAACAAAGUCCAUAUUUUGACAAUAUUCUAAUAUCUACAAUCCGAUUUUUAGAUUCGCUUCCGGCAAAGACACCCAACGAGAAAUCUCAAUUUUUGAGGGGAUUUUCAAGGAUAACACCUUCAUUCCCUAAAUCUGUGCUUGAAAAAAAGGUUCUGCCAGCUCUACUAGAACAGGUUAAAGACAGAGAACUUCUAUCUCUAAUCUUGCAAAACGUGUUUAACAUUCUAGGUCAAUUGUCAUCCAGGCGAAAAAUAUUCACAGAGGUUAUCAUGCAUAAGUUAAAAGAAAUAUUUCUCAACACUGGAAAUCCAAAGAUAUCAGCGGAGAAAGAUCCCACCAAAGAAGCUAGUUUGAUGGUCUUAUUAGAUCAUAUAAGCAUGAUUAUAGAGAAUUGCUCUGGGAAAGAAUUUAAAGAUCAUAUACUUCCUAUAAUAUACUUAGCUAUUGAAUCUCCUGUUCAUAGAAUUGUAGAUACUUCACUUCAGACUCUCCCUUUAAUUCUACCCGUCCUCGAUUUUACGACUAUAAAAAAUGAACUUUUUCCCGUGAUUGCCUCAGUUUUUUCUAAGACAAGCAGUCUUGGUAUAAAAGUACGUGGUCUAGAAGCAUUUGUCAUUCUCUGCGGGGGAUCGAUUAGCUCCGAAAGUGAAAACAAUGGCUUCGGUGGGACUGGGGCCUCUAGGAUGGGUAAACAAUGCUCUUCAUCUGCCCUUGAUAAAUACACAAUGCAAGAGAAGAUAUUACCACUUGUCCGCGCUAUCAAAACUAAAGAGCCAGCUGUUGCAAUUGCUGCUCUUGCUGUUCUCCGCCAAGUAGGCCACAUAGCUGAUCCCGAGUUUAUAGCGCUUGAUAUUUUGCCGGUUCUUUGGAGUAUGAGUCUAGGUCCUCUACUAGACCUCAAACAGUUUCAGUCUUUUAUGAGUCUAGUGAAGGAACUAUCAGCUCGUGUGGAGACUGAACAAACUAGAAAACUCCAGGAGCUUUCGGGCUCAAGAGAGAAAUAUACUAUAGGUGGCGAUGAUUCAAUAUCUACUGGAAAUAAUUUACUCACAAAAAAUAUCGGCUCAUCUGAUGAAACCGAUAGUGACUUUGAGCGUCUCGUCAAAGGCGCUGCAUCUGAUUCAUCUCAUUCAAUUAGUAGCAACUUGAAUCCUAACUCAACCUUGAUGUCAUUGCCUUCUGGGUUAUCAUCCAAUGGGCUAAGUGAAAACUCAUUUGUGCCAAUUAGCGCUGCGGCCAUCCCCGCAACACCAGGUAUAAAUUCGUCCUCUUCACUCUCGAAGCCUGACUUAUCUCGGUUCGCCACCUUAACACCUAGAGCCAAUUUACAAGCGGAGCAGCCCCAUAACUCUUUUAUCCAAGCUCAUACAGCUCAAGCAUGGACACCUACAGUUCAGCAAUCGAAUGUAGGCUCUUUGAAUACCGCUUUUCAGCCUCCGUAUGAAUCUCAAAUAAAUUGGCCGACAGCUAGACCUUCAAAUUUUGACCAUACCAGUACUAGAAUGAAUUUAGAUCAGAUACGUAGCGCCACAUCAUCCACUGCCUUAUCUAUGAACAAACAACAAUUAUCCUAUAUACCGUCCUUGCGACCUCAAAGUGCCUUGAGCUCUCGUACACCAACAAGAAACUUCCAGUUCAAUUCAGACUGUUACAACUCGUUCUCUCUGCCUCCACCUCCACCUCCGGGCUCUAACAAGGGAUAUGGACCCUCAUCUGGCCUUUACAACCAUAAUAAUUCAAACGCCUUUGGUACUCAUACCAUCCCACCGCCAUCAAACGUACUGGAGGCCUUCUCGAAUGCUGUACAACAAGAUAACUCAGUCGUCCCAGCAGGAUUAGGGCAGGGAUCGUCUCACCAGAAUGGGCUAGAUUCUUGGGAAAGUUUAUUAUGA